CAAAUGCUUCAUACCUUGCAGAGAUCUUACUUUAAAGAUGAUACUUUCGUGGCCGCUACCCACACCCCUGAGUCUGUCCUCGCAGCUUCGAAUAAAAACUUUGUCCUCUUUGAUAUCAAAAAGUCACAACAGGCCGUCCUCAAACGUCAUACAACCGACAGACUCGUCAGCGUCGAUGCAGCUCCCUCAGCCAACCGCUUCAUGUCCUGCACCGAAUCUGGUGUAGUCUCCCUGCUCGAUUUUAAGUCAAAGAAUUGUGAGGUAAAUUGUAUAAACCGUCUUGCUUUGAUGCCCUAA